AAAUCUCAAACUCAAUUACACCCUGGAUUUUCAUGCUUUAAUUUGUGCACAUUUCUAUAUCUCUUAUUUUACAGAGGCCUUUGAAAUCGUUGUUCGCCAUGCCAAGAACUACACCAAUGCCAUGUUCAAAAACAACUACCCAAGCCUGACUCCACAAGCUUUUGAGUUUGUGGGUGAAUUUUUCACAGAUGUGUCUCUCUACAUUUUGGGUUCUGACAUCAACGUGGAUGACAUGGUCAACGAAUUGUUUGACAGCCUGUUUCCAGUCAUCUACACCCAGUUAAUGAACCCAGGCCUGCCUGAGUCAGCCUUGGACAUCAAUGAAUGCCUCCGAGGAGCAAGACGUGACCUGAAAGUAUUUGGGAAUUUCCCCAAGCUUAUUAUGACCCAGGUUUCCAAGUCACUGCAAGUCACUAGGAUCUUCCUUCAGGCUCUGAAUCUUGGAAUCGAAGUGAUCAACACAACCGAUCACCUGAAAUUCAGUAAGGACUGUGGCCGAAUGCUCACCAGAAUGUGGUACUGCUCUUACUGCCAGGGACUGAUGAUGGUUAAGCCUUGUGGUGGCUAUUGCAAUGUGGUCAUGCAAGGCUGUAUGGCAGGUGUGGUGGAGAUUGACAAGUACUGGAGAGAAUACAUUCUGUCUCUUGAAGAACUUGUGAAUGGCAUGUACAGAAUCUAUGACAUGGAAAACGUACUGCUUGGUCUCUUUUCAACAAUCCAUGAUUCCAUCCAGUAUGUCCAGAAGAAUGGAGGAAAACUGACCACCACUAUUGGCAAGUUAUGUGCCCAUUCUCAACAACGCCAAUAUAGAUCUGCUUAUUAUCCUGAAGACCUGUUUAUUGACAAGAAAGUAUUAAAAGUUGCUCAUGUAGAACAUGAAGAAACCUUAUCCAGCCGAAGAAGGGAGCUAAUUCAGAAGUUGAAAUCUUUCAUCAGCUUCUAUAGUGCGUUGCCUGGUUACAUCUGCAGCCAUAGCCCUGUGGCGGAAAAUGACACCCUUUGCUGGAAUGGACAAGAACUCGUGGAGAGAUACAGCCAAAAGGCAGCAAGGAAUGGAAUGAAAAAUCAGUUUAACCUCCAUGAGCUGAAAAUGAAGGGCCCUGAGCCAGUGGUCAGUCAAAUUAUUGACAAACUGAAGCACAUUAACCAGCUCCUGAGAACCAUGUCUGUGCCUAAAGGUAGAGUUCUGGAUAAAAACCUGGAUGAGGAAGGGCUUGAAAGUGGAGACUGUGGUGACGAUGAAGACGAGUGCAUCGGAGGCUCUGGUGAUGGCAUGAUGAAAGUGAAGAAUCAGCUCCGCUUCCUUGCAGAACUGGCUUAUGAUCUGGACGUGGAUGAUGCACCUGGAAGCAAGCAACAUGAGAAUCCGAAGGACAACGAGAUAGCUGCCUCUCACAACCUCGGGAAUGCGCGUUCUCCCCUGAAGCUUCUCAUCAGCACGGCCAUCUAUGUGGUGUGCUUUUUCUUCCUGGUGCACUGACUUCCUAGUGCCCAGCACACGUGCUGCCCUGCAGCACUCCGUGGUCUUCCUUGAUGAAGGGAACCACUUUCUUAUUUUUUUCUAUUUUUUUUUUUUAUCUUAUGUACCUCCUCCAACCAUUAAGUAGAGGACUAACCAUAUGUUACGUUUUCGAAAAUCAAAUGGUAUCUUUAUGAGGCAGGUAAAUUUUAGUGGUAGUAUAGAUUGUCCUUUUGCAAA